GGGAUGUUAUAUUGGGUACCUGUUGUGAGCACGGGGAGGGGGGUCAUUAAAGUUUUGGCCGUUCUACAAAGAAGUCUUGAGUGCCUCUUUAUGAUAAAGAGACAAGUUUAUUACAUGGUGUCAGAAGAUGGCAAAGUUUCAGAGUUUUUGCUUUGAGAAGCCGGCGGAGUGGCCCGAGUGGAAGAAACGCUUUACUUGGUACAGGACUGCUACUAAACUGGACAAGCCUUACUUUAGAGAUGACGGUACAGGAGGUGCAGCAGUCAGAGGAAGUUAAAGUGCAGGUAAACCAACAAGGAGAACAGUUCAGUGCAAUCCAAGAGGUGGCGCAGCAUCACGGCAGCGGGGCUCGCGCAAGAUGGCGGCAACCACACCGAGAUGUAAACAAACCCAAAGACAGCGAAAAUUAAAAAAGAUGUGGACGAUGUGAGAAAACAACACACAGCCAGCAGGAUAAAUGCCCAGCUACCAACUCCAUCUGCAACAGAUGUGGAAAAAAAGGACACUGGGAAAGGAUGUGCAAAAGCAAACUGGCAGUUAAAGAAGAGCUGGACAGAAUGGAGGCCAAUGACACUGUGGAGGCAGUAACAAAACCAACUGAGUGGUGUGCCCCAAUGGUCCCAGUUCCUAAAAAGAAUGAAAAGACCUGCAUCUGCUUAGACUUAAAAAGACUAAAUAAAGCAGUUAAGAGGGAGCGGUUCAUGCUACCAACAUCAGAGGAGAUGAUGACGAAGCUGAGUGGUUCCACAGUUUUUUCAUCAUUGGAUGCAGCUUCAGGGUUCUGGCAGAUUCCUCUGGAUAAGGAGAGCCAGAGGUUAACUACCUUUAUAACCCCGUAUGGAAGAUAUUGUUUCAAACGUCUUCCCUUUGGGUUUACCAGUGCCCCAGAGAUUUUCCAGAGGAAGAUGGUGGAGACCCUGGAGGGGCUGGAAGAAGUUGCUGUCUAUAUGGAUGACAUCAUUGUCCAUGGCAAAGACAUGAAGUAAGACAAUCAACAGCUGCAAAAAGUUAUGGAACGACUAGAAUCAGCUGGUCUGAAGCUGAACCCAGAAAAGUGUGAACUAAGAAAGACAGAGCUCCACUUCCUGACCCUGCCAAAGUAUCAGCGAUCAAAAACCUCAACCCACCGGAAAAUGUCCAAGAACUAAAGAGAGAGCCCUUGGGAUAAUCAAUUACCUGGGGAAAUAUAUCCCAAACUUACCCACAGUGGGGCAACCACUGUUUGAACUGCUGCGAUCAAAGUCAGCCUGGACCUGGGGCCCAGCACAGCAAAUGGCUUUUGAUAAAAUAAAAGA